AUGAAAAAUUCAAAAAAAUUUCAUGGAUUCGAUGGUUUACUUCAUGUACAAGAUAGUCAAAAUGGGAUUUAUGAUAUUAUGUCGGGUUUAAUUGAUGCUGAAAAAAACCUUGGUAUUCCUUAUAAUGAAGAUUUUAAUGGCGAGAGACAGAAUGGA